AUGUCCACUGAGUUGACCGUUCAGUCUGAAAGAGCUUUCCAAAAGCAACCUCACAUCUUCAACAACCCAAAGAUCAAGACCACCAAGAGGGCUAAGAGAUGGUAUAAGAACGCUGGUUUGGGUUUCAAGACCCCAAAGACCGCUAUUGAGGGUUCCUACAUUGACAAGAAGUGCCCAUUCACUGGUAUGGUCUCCAUCCGUGGUAAGAUCUUGACUGGUGUCGUUGUCUCUACUAAGAUGCACCGUACCGUCAUUAUGAGAAGAGACUACUUGCACUACGUGCCCAAGUACAACAGAUACGAAAAGAGACACAAGAACGUUCCAGUCCACGUUUCUCCAGCUUUCCGUAUCAACGUUGGUGACAUCAUUACCGCUGGUCAAUGCAGACCAAUCUCCAAGACCGUUAGAUUUAACGUCGUUAAGGUUGCUGCUAACGCUAGUGCUAAGAAGCAAUUCACUAAAUUCUAA